CUAAUCACAAUGGCAGUAGGAGCAUCUCACUUUCAGGCCAGGUGGGAACUUACUCCAAAACGGGGAAAAAAACUGGAGCUGAUGAUAAACCCAAUCCCGCUUAACUCCCGGCAGCCCAGGUCUUCCUAACCACACGCUUUUGAGAUGUGACUGUGUAGGCGGUGUGAAAUCGAAGCCGAGGGAGCUGCUGCUUCGGGCUGCGUGUGCCGCUCACACCGGCUCGGCGUCAAGGUGGACGGGGCUCUGACUCUGGAACUGCCCUCCCCAUGUUACCAAGGAGGCAACUCAGGCUCCACCGGGUCACGGGGCUAGGAGGUGAUUCAAAGGCCACACUCCUCUCACGCUCCGCUCCGCAGGCGACUCGUGGCCCUCAAUACCGGGCAGCCAGCGUCCACGCGGACGUCCAGUCCGCAGGCCCGGGACCAGCACCCCGGAGGCGGCGUCCGUGCGGAAGGGGGCGGAGUGUCCGGAUCCCGGGUCUCGAGAAACCGGGAGCUCGGCGUAAGCCCCGCCUCCAAGGUCACUGCGUGCCGGUCUUUCCGUCUCCGCAGCGCCUGCGGCUCUCGAAGAUGCAGGAGCCAGUCCGUCCCGGGCCACGGCCGAGCUUCUCCGGCGCUCUCGGCGUCCUUCAGGGCUCCACAGCAACCCGGCUCUCCGAACCCCCCGGCCGCGCACGGCUGUGGCGACGUUCGCCGACAAGACGCAGGCAAGACUAGCCCGCGCCCGCGCCCGCGCCCGCGGGAGUCCGCCAGGGCGCCUGCGCGGGGCGCGAGCGCGGAGAGGGCGCGGCUGGCCGCGGCUGCGGCUGCGCAAAGGCGGUGUCAAACGCUGCGCCUGCGCGCUGGCGGGGCGGGGCGGGAAGGAGGGAGGUGGCGGCGGCAGCGGCGGCGGCUGCUGAAGAGGAGGAGGAGGAGGAGGGGGAGAAGAGGGAGGUGUUUCUGUCAGUUCCGGCUGUUUGUUCGGGAAGUGGAUCCGCCGCUGCCGAAGCAGCCCGGAGGGAGCUGCGGAUCGCGAGGCCAGCACCGACCCCGCCCGCCCGCGCGUGCCUCCCCCGCCCGCCAUGGCCCGGGACUACGACCACCUCUUCAAGCUGCUCAUCAUCGGCGACAGCGGUGUGGGCAAGAGCAGUUUGCUGUUACGUUUUGCAGACAACACUUUCUCAGGCAGCUACAUCACCACGAUCGGAGUGGACUUCAAGAUUCGGACUGUGGAGAUCAACGGGGAGAAAGUGAAGCUGCAGAUCUGGGACACAGCUGGGCAGGAGCGUUUCCGAACCAUCACCUCCACGUAUUAUCGGGGGACCCACGGGGUCAUCGUGGUUUAUGACGUCACCAGUGCGGAGUCCUUUGUCAACGUUAAGCGGUGGCUUCAUGAAAUCAACCAAAACUGUGAUGAUGUGUGCCGAAUAUUAGUGGGGAAUAAGAACGACGACCCUGAGCGGAAGGUGGUGGAGACAGAAGACGCCUACAAAUUCGCAGGGCAGAUGGGGAUCCAGUUGUUUGAGACCAGCGCCAAGGAGAAUGUCAAUGUGGAAGAGAUGUUCAGCUGCAUCACAGAGCUGGUCCUCCGCGCAAAGAAAGACAACUUAGCCAAACAGCAGCAGCAGCAGCAGAACGACGUGGUGAAGCUCACGAAGAACAGUAAACGGAAGAAGCGCUGCUGCUAAUGUCCCCAGCCCACUGCAGAGACUGCGCUGCGGCCGCUCCCCGGCCCGAGGCCCCGCGGGGCUCCUCGGGGACAGUCUCAGUUUCGUGCCGUUAUUUAAAGAAUUCUUUCCACGUUUUUGUAUCGGGAGGCGCCACCGUCGGCACUUCCUCCCCUCCCCCCUUGAGUGCCAAGAAGGUGUUGGAUGACCUGCCCUUCCCUUCUGGUGCCCCUGCCCCCUGGCCAAGGCACCUGGGCCCGGCGAGGACGCUGCGGGCCGAGCGGACUGAUUAACCAGAUCUGUACAUAAUGUAUAUUGCUUUAACCAGCCGCACCACCCUCGGCCUGCUCCGGCGCCGCCUCCUUAAUGCCGGCCUGCUGCAGUAGACCCCCGUCCCCGCCCCUCCCCGCCCCACCGGGCGGCCAGCGGCUUCCUGAGGAGACAGGAUCCAGUUCUAGCCACGUUUUUUGCCAACCUGGGCCGGUGGAGCGGGUCUUCCGUGUUACUUGUUCUCUCCUCCAGGCCGUCGGCUUCUGUCCCUGGCACGUAGGGUCUCCCCUCUCUCUGGAGCCUGUGCCGCGUCUCUUCCCUGCCCAGCUCCCUUCCCUCCCCACUCCUCCCCCGCCCCCCCCCAACCAUUCUGGCAGCGGGGGGCGGGGGGAAACCUGGCCUCGAGGAAGGCCUGGGGGUUCUCAUUAGAGGCCUAGCCUUUGGCUUACAGGAAGACUUGCUCCUGCCUUUUGGUCACCAGAUUUCUUGUCCUGCCUUCUAGAUGCCUCUGAACUACAAACCCAGGGAAACCAUGGCUUUUAAUUUAUACCAGCCUGUUUCAGUUCCAACAGAAAGGUAGGGGUGUGUUUGUGCAGGGCUGGGGGCUUGCAGGGGCACUGCGGAGCGUUAUUUUAAUACAUAAAAUGAAGCCAAAUCAAAUGAAUUAAGUUCCUCACACUUUCUCUUCCUGAGGUUUGGUUGGCACAGCAGCAAAUGUUGUGGCCUCCCCACUUUGGGUCCAGUGUUUUUAGAAAAAUCGAAUGGCUUCCUGUCAUUGUGGGGCGGGGCUCUGGGCAGAGCAGCCUUGCCUUCUGGCCGUUUCUUGGUGGGAAAGGGGAACGGGCCUCCCAUCCUCGUCUGCAUCGGCCUAGGGCUUUCCACGGAGCUCUGGGGUCCCUGUUGCGGCCCAGGGCACCUCCGAGUGUGAGGAGUGGGCGCCAGGCGCUGCGGGACUGUGGGGUGCCGCGUCAGAGGUGGACGGCAGGCAGCCUUGGGUCAUGGACAGGACUGUUCUGGUCCAAAGGCAGCAGGAGGGUUUCUUAGCGGGUGGGAGGGAAUGGCAGCUGGGGCUGGGAGCCAGCCAGCUCUGACCCUGGUCCCUGGAGGAAAAAGCCAGGGUCAUCUGCACUUGAUUACUGUCCCCCUCGGGACACUUCAUCAUUCACCUUUCCCCUAAAAGGAUCACGUAGCCUGGGAGUAAUUUAUUUCAACACCAUGAUGUGUUUUGUUAGAUUUCCUUUCCUAGGUGAUUUCCAGGCAAAGCCCUGAUCGGACAAUCACGUCACAGAUCACACUGCAGAUUUUCCAUGUUAACACUGUUGGUGGGUUUUUAAUCAGUAAAAACUGGGGGUUUCUUCUGACCUGUCUCUCUGCUUCCCAAGACUGCCAAGAGCCUGUGGUUGUCUGGGAGCAGGACUUCACUGGGGCCACCUAAAGAGGUGGGAGCUCUGGGCCUGGGGACGUGGUGCUGUGGAGGGCGGCCGUGGGGCCAGCCGACAGGCAUCUUCUGACUGGUGGGGGGCCGGGAGUGAAAGUGGGGUCUCCGUCCUCAGGGCUGUGCGGGGUGACCUGAGGUCCUGGGCAGGAUGCAGAGAGCUCGAGACUCCUGGGCGGGCAGCGUGUUCAAGUCUGAGUGUUCAUGGGACACCAGUGUGGCAGUGCUUGCAGAUUGGAGCAAUAAGGGGAAGGGGUCCUGGAGCUUUCCAGCCCGGGCUAGAAGCUGGCUAUGGCUCUGGCAACUGGACGUCCAGACCCAGGUGGUGGGGUGAUUUUGGUGACGACAGUGUGCCUGUCCCACUGAGUGUUACACGCAUGAAUGGGGGGUGGGGUGGGGAGACUCACAGGGCCGGACUGACGUCCUGGUGGACCUGAUGUGAAAUUCCUGUUGAACAACAAAACUUUUAAAUGGUUUGCUAGGAUUAUUUCUGUAUUGAAAGUUUCUAAUUAUGCUUUUUAAAAAAAUACUAAAAAUAAAGGUUCAAGCUGCCAA